AUGAAGAUGCCGACUUUGAUCUCGUCCCUUAUAGCCCUUGCAAGCAUCUCCCUCGCCGGUCCGGUCAAGCGUGCCGAAUCUGUACACAUUCGGAAUUUCCAGGUCCAGCAUGCAAUUGACGGAACGGGAUCAUUACAAUUCACGCUACACAGUACGGUGACGGGGCUUUUUGAUGAUUGUACCCUAUCAUGGAGUACCGCGAACGCCAUCCAACCCGGACUCGCCAUGAACAAAUGCCUCAACAAUUCCUACGAGUUCGGCUUCCGCUAUGGCAUUGGCAAUAUUGAGAAUUUUUUGUUGGUUAUUCAGCAGGUGAAUGGGACGCAGCGUGGGUACGAGGUCAUCAGCGCUUAUGCUACCAAUCCGACUUGGGUUUGCACGGAGAGUCCCGCGCAAGGGGUGAGGGAGCGGUGCGAGUGGAUGGGGAUUUUGGAUAUUGAUUUUUAG